CAGGGAAAAGCGAAAAAGACCCGCAAGUUCGCCGCCGUCAAGCGCAUGCUCAACCCCAAUGAUAUCCGGUUAAAGGAAAACCAGGUGAAGCAGAAGAAAAAGGACGAAGAAGCCCAGGCUAAGGCAGUUCGGCAUGCUCCGCAACUCGCUUCAUCCCUCUUCCUCGCCCACAACACUGCCCUCGUCCCUCCGUACCGCGUACUCAUCGACACCAAUUUUAUCAACUUCAGUCUACAAAAUAAGCUGGAAAUGGUCAGUGGAAUGAUGGACUGUCUCUAUGCCAAAUGUAUCCCAUGUAUCACUGACUGUGUCAUGGCUGAACUGGAGAAGCUUGGACAUCGGUAUCGUGUUGCCCUCCGAAUCGCCCGUGACCCUCGGUUCGAGCGACUCGCAUGUUCACAUACCGGGACCUAUGCCGAUGACUGUCUAGUACAACGUGUCACAGCGAGCCGAUGUUUCAUUGUCGCAACCUGCGAUCGCGAACUCCGUCGUCGCAUACGGAAAGUUCCGGGUGUACCACUCAUGUACAUUGUACGGAGGCGAUAUGCGAUAGAGCGCUUACCUGACCAGGGCGCACCUGUUUGA